CUGUCAGUCAGACAUAUUUAACACUAUUUACACCACUUUAAAAGCAUAAAAAGUGUAUUUUAUAUGUUUAAUAUGUUAUAAAAUUGAUUUAGGGUUCGUAGACAUUUUAUUAUAUGACAUUGGGCUGGAACACAAUUAUAAUAACACAUGUAUAUUACUAACUGUCAGUUCAUUGAGUUUGACUGAAACGCUACAAUGACUAAACGAAAGUCCCAGAUGCCAGCAGAGUUCAAACCUCCUCAGAGGACUCAACGCAGAGUAAAAAGGCAGAGAAGCUCUGGAGUGGAAACAGACCUGCAGCAUUCAUCGAAAUCAGAAAACGACCAUUCCCAUUAUGCAUCACGCUCGGAAGAGCAGAAUGACCGUCAACCUGAACAGAGCACAUUACAGAUCAAUGAGACAGAGUUCCAUGUUGCUCCUUGUGAUUCCUUAGAAGAUAAUGAUAAUGAUGAGCAUGGCAGCAAUCCGGAGGUCCCUUCUGAGAUGGAACAAACUGCCUUGAUUGGAUUGGAAACCCCAGAACCAAACAACAAUGACAAAUGCAAUCUUUUAGAAACUUUGAAUUUGGAAGUUGCAAAUCUUGACCAACCAGAUAUAGAACUGGAUGAUAAAGAGAGUGAAACCACAACAAGCAAUUCAAACCAAGAGUCUCGGCCACUUCGGGUAGCUCUGAGUGUAUUAGGAGACUGUGUCCCUGAACUACCAUCCGAUGACUAUCAAACUGGGCGAGCAAUGUCACAUGAAGUGAAUGAAAAGAAUACAGCCACUGAGGAAAAGAUGGGUGGCCUAUUAGGGUGUUCACACAUUGUACCUGAGGUGUUGGCUGAAGAAGGUUCUGUAGAGCCUCCAAUAAAGAGGAGAGUAAGGAGGAGAAUGGGAAUGUGUUGGCCUGGAGAUAGGAAGAGGAAGCACAAGGGACAGCACAUUAUAGGGAAUAUGAUUGGUGGAGGGCAGGGGAAUGUGGCGGCAACAUCAGUGCAUGUUGUUAAUGAGUUGUCGGUCAUGAUGAGCAACAGUUUUAAUAAGUACAGCCCAGCCUCUGUUGAAGAGGAAGGAACUGCUGAGUCAGAACUUUCAGGCCCCUCCUUCCCAACCUCUUGCCCAUUGGAGGAUAUUCCUUUAAAGGAGGAACAGGUGGAUUUGGAGAAUGAUGUUCAAGAACAUAUAAUGGUGGAAUCCAUGCCAAGCAACCCCAAUUCUCUUGAAACUGCCAAUUCAAGUCCAUGCCAUCCUAAUGCAGAUGCUCCAAGCCUUCUUGAGACAAAUGAAAAUGUUGAGAUGUUGAGUGUUGAGGAUAAUGAUGAAGAAAGCAACAUUAUUGAAGAAAAGACACUUUUUGCUCCAGAAAUGUCCAAUGACACUGGCGCUAAUGCUAUGGAUCCAACUGACGUCACAACUGAGGUUGGUACCAAAGUUUCUGAAGGUUUUACUGACAGUUGCAAGGAAUCAACUGAGGUUUCAGUUGACAUUCUCAAAGAAGCUUCUGAAGCAUCACCGUCCACUUGUGAGGUUGAUAAGAAUGUUGAAGAACCACUUGAAGGAGUUUUCAAUGAGACAGAGACUAUGGAGUGUGGUAGACGUGAAUAUGAAAUUAACCCCUCCAUUAUGUUUGCUUCUGCUCGUGAUGAAAGGUGUGGUCUUGAGCAACUGAGCAUGCUCAGUGAGAAUGGUGCUGAAGAGAGUAACACGGUAACCGAAAUAGUAAUCGAUGACAGAGCAGAUAAGUGUGUCUUUACUGUGGAUGACACUAUUGUUACUGAUGAGAACACAAAAAUCUUUGAAGAUAAUGGCAUGAGGAGUUUGCCUUUACUUGUAGUCCCACCUAUUGGUGAAGAAGGAGUCAUGCAAUCAAUUACAGGGCCAAACAGUCCAUUGUGUGAUGCCAAUGAACCUCAUCCGAGUCCUGGUGCUUACCAGCAGUCUCCUGAUACGUCCAGCCCCAUAUCCAUCCACUCUGUGACAGAUUCCCAACUCAAUAACAUUAGUUUGGAGCUGGAGGACCACCCUAUCCCAGAAGUCUCUUUCGAUCUGGAAGAUGUCACAGAGCUGGUGUGUGGCCUAAUCAAAGAUCUCGCAUCUCUGAAUCAUACACUGAUGGAUGCACAUAGGAUGAUUGGAAAUGUGCCACAGGGAAGCAGACCUCCAAGACCCCACUUUCGCUCCACACAUGGCCCUCGACACUCAGAAAUAUAGUUUUUGAAUGGAUUCUACUUAAUAAUUCGAUUUGAUAAAGAACACAGGAUAAUUUGGACUGAUCAGUUUUUAGCUGUACUUACAGUUUGCUUGCAGCCACUUUGAUGUUGACAACAGUUCAGUUACACAAGUUUAAAGUUUAAAGAACAUUUCCUGUUUUCAUCUGGCAUUUGUUCACAUUUGAGGAUCCUUAAGUCUAAGAGCAGAGCUGUUCCAAUUCUGUUUGUUAAAAAUAACAUUAUUUUGAAGUUCAAGCAUAAAUGUAAACAUCACCGGUCUGUCAAUCAUAGGGUGUGACCCCCUCGACCAAAGGGUCGUAACCUUAGAAACCAGGCUUCAAAGUUGUAACCAUAAAUCUGUCCA